GCGCCUUAUCUGCUGAGGGAGUAUUUAACGGCUACACACUUUGCAUGCUUUGUUUGCGCCGAUAAAAUGGAUCAGCAAACACCUGGCUGCAGGCCUGGCUUCAGGCUGCCAGGCCUUCAUGCAAUCGUCUUCACACUGCUAUCCCUGAACCUGCCGCCUCCGACGCUCGGUACAUACUACGUAUCACUACCGAGAUCAUUUACUCCUGGUUACCCAUUGGAUCUGUACGUUCAAGUAACGAACGCAAAUUCUCCUGUAAUUUGUGAAGCGGCGAUUGUCGAUGACAGCAAAACGACUGUGGCACGAACGAUUAAGACCAUCAUUUCAGGUAAGCCGGACCGGAUACGGAUUGAUGUUCCAGACGAGCUGCCUACAUCUAGGUACGUUAUCGCUGUGACCGGCACAGGAGGUCUGGCUUUCUACGAUGAGGCACAUCUACACUAUGAACAGGACGUCCUAGUACUGAUACAAACAGAUAAGACACGCUACUCUGCCAGACAAAAAGUGCUAUACAGGGCGAUAUUUCUACAAUCAGACCUUACCAACUUUCGGGGAAAUGCCAGCAUUUCUAUUUACGAUGGAAAAAACAAUCGCAUAAAACUAGAUGGACCACGCAAAAUUAGCCAUGGAGUCAUCGAAGGUCAUCUGGAUAUUAGCACAGAACCAGUCUUUGGGGAGUGGAAAAUACAGGCGAACGUUUUGGGCUUAGUAAAAAGCAAGUUCUUCAAAGUCUUUGAUUACGUUUUACCGAGAUUCAACGUGGAACUUGUAGUCCCAAAUGAAAUAUUAACGACUGACGGGACCAUAGGUGUUGCUGUUAAGGCAAGGUUCACGUUUAAUACUGAUGUUCACGGUACAUGUACAGUGGUCGUCUACCAAGAAAACGAUCCAUACCAUUACUUUACUAUUUCAAAACAGAUACAAGGGUCGGUAAAUUUUACAAUAUAUAUGUCUGAUCUCAUUGGCAAAGGGAUAACAUCGUCUAACUUGAAAGUGCGAGCUACUGUAACGGAUAACUCCACUUUGGUGUCGUUUGCCACAGAAAAGGAUGUCGUUAUACAUGAACCAAUUGUUGACCGCUUUGAGUUACACGAGAUUAUUCAAAGGCACGGAUUUGUAAACGGACUGAACUAUACAACCUUCCUAAAAUUGACGAACAACGGGCAAGCUCCAAGAAUGUCAGGAAUACUUUACGUUUUUGUCACGUAUUACAGUGCUGUUUUAAGAACGUGCCAACAACUUCUCAACCAUUAUGACUAUUUAGUCAUUUCUAAAUCCAGUUUUAAUGGGCAAACAACCUUUGGUGAAAAUGGCAUUGCAGAAGUAACAAUUCCUGUAGAAGGCGCUGAUAUUGAGAAAAUCGAGUUAACGGUACGGCACGGCGUUGCAGAACUUUUCACAACGUUAUACUCGAUGUCGAAAACCCCGGUAGACAUGUUGACACUGACAUUGAGUAGCGCUGAACUACAGGUUGGAAACGCUGUAACCGUUACAGCAGAAUCAUCAACACCACUUACUGGUCCAGUUAUAUUGGAAGUUUUCUGUCGAAACCGUCGUGUGCAAUUUGAUUCUACAAUGGCUUCCGGUCAAACUACUAUUCGGAUGACCGUUUCACUUACAGAGGAAAUGGCCCCUUUCUCAUACAUUAUAGCUUCACAUAUAACAAGCGAUCGGCGUAUUUUAUUAGACAGUGCUUAUGUUCAGGUUGACGGGACAAUGCUUAAAAAUAAGGUACAAGUGACUUACAACACAACACAUACGGAGCCAGGACAGUUUGUGGAUAUGAAAAUAACGGCUGAUCCGUAUUCGGCGGUAUACGUAAUGGUUGGAGAUGAGCGCAACAGACUACUCGGAAGUGAAAACGACAUCUUUUCGGAUGAGGUUAUUAACGGGGUGACGUCUUUUGCACACAAUCCUGAAGACAAUUCCUUUAUAUACAAUCAAGAGGAAACAAAACCUGGAAACACAUUCUAUUCGAAUCAAUAUGGGCCUUCCAUUUCUCAGACCACUGGCGUGAUUAUUUUAACGGACGGGUCAGUAUUUAAUAGAAGUCAGGCAGAAGGGUUACUGAUUUUGGGUAGUCAUCCAAACAGUUGUCCAUACCCACCUAUUGGACCUUUCCCGGGAAACGGAGCCUAA